AUGAAUAAAUCUAACUACUAUGCAAUUCCUGCAAGAGGCACAUUAUUGCUUUCAGCCCGAAAAAAUUUUACACUUUGCCUCUUGGUUUUUUCCAUCAUUGCGUCAGCAUACGCUGGUCAAAACAAAACAAGCGUUGAGGAGAUAUGCAGAUUAUUAACCCCCAGCACCACUAUUCUACAUCCCAAUACGUGCAACAAGUGGGUUCGGUGCCCAUCUUCAUUUAAUGCUGAAGACUUGGAAGAAGGUUUGUGUGUCUUUGGGUUGUAUUUCAAUAAGGAUGCCGGUCGCUGUGAGAGUAAGGAAACUGUCACCUGCCCCUACGAAUCUACCUCAAACGACAAUCGUUGUGCAUUCCAAACUGAUGGUACCUUCCUGGCUGAUCCGAAUGACUGUAGUGGCUACAUUUUCUGCAACAACCAGACAGAAACACGCUCGACUUGCCCCGGCAGCUUGAUAUAUAACCCAGAAAAGGGGGCGUGCGUUUAUCCAAAAGAUUACAAUUGCCAAUUGAAGCGAGCAGCCGCCAACGUCAGCACCAUCUGCAAGUCCGUGGCAAAAAAUACUGUGCUUGCGGACAUCAGCGAUUGUACGAAAUAUCUUAGUUGUGACGAAGAGAGCCAACUCAUAUCGUUCCAGUGCUCUGAAGGGCAAGCAUUCAACUACUCUACUUUAGAAUGUGUAGCUCGAAGCGAAGCGGUGUGUCAUCCUCUAGCACCAGAACUUGAACCAGAAAUUGAUGUUUGCGGUACCGAGGAUAAUGUCCUAGUCGGCUAUAUUGCUGACGAGGAAUCGUGUAGUGGAUAUUAUAUAUGCGCCAAGCAAAGUGAUGGUAAACCCGAUCGCAGUCCCACAUAUCUAAAAUGUCAGGACGGCUACUUCUUUGACAGCAGCACUUGGUCAUGUCGCAACCGCCUAAGCGUCAAGUGUUCUUUAGACCGCUGCGAAGGCAUGGCCAACAAAUACGUAAAUGUGGCCGGUGAUUGCUCCGCUUAUGCACGCUGCAAGAAUGGAGUAACAGUUGCCACUGGCAAAUGCGAAGGUAACUACUUUUUCGAUGAACGCUCGCAGGCUUGUACUCAACAAAAUAUUAGCUACACUGCGUGUACCGCCUAAAUCAUAAA